GAUCUUUGUUAUUUUUCCCAUUGCAGCUCAAAAGUGCUUCGCUCGAGAGGCUCCAUCAUUUCUCGUCGUUAUUUGCUCACGAAAUCCCUUCUCGCGAGUCCCGGAGAGAGCGCGACACCUGCUCGGAAGAGGCCACGUUGAUUAAGCUCAGACGCCAUCCACCCGCACUGCAGGAGGUCGCUUCGGCCACACCCAGUAUUCUACGAUCGGCUGUCUACUCACCUCACCUUCUCUUCCCUCCACACCAUUCCCAUCAUCUCUCGACCACUGCUCGCGCCCACCGCGACGUCUCUCCCUACCUUUCAAUAGCGCUGCCGAGCAGCAGCUCCCGUCUGUUUAUCUGCCACAUCUCCCCCACCCAUCGAGCCUCCCACUCGAACCCCUGCCAAACCCACCCACAAACCCUCGUCCGACCGCACAAUGGCGCAAAUCAGAGGCACCGCGGGCUACAAUCUCGGCAAUAACGCGCCCUCCUUCGGCGGCCCCUCCAACAUGGGCCGGCAGGAUGCCACCAACGACCCCUCGCCCCUCGACGCCAUCCGCGAGCAGACGAGCAAGAUCGAGGACUGGCUCGACACCCUCUCCGACCCCGUCAAGCCCUACCUGCCCGCCAUCGGCCGCUUCCUCAUCGUCGUGACGUUCUUGGAGGAUGCGUUGCGGAUUAUCACGCAGUGGAGCGAUCAGCUGGCGUAUUUGCAUGAUUAUCGGCAUAUCCCCAACGGCAUAACGCAUCUCUUCCUCAUGAUCAACGUAAUCGCCAUGACCACCUGCUCCCUCCUCGUCAUCAUCCGCAAGCAAAGCGAGUACGCAGUCAUGGGCCUCGCCGGCGUGGUCGUCACGCAGGCCCUCGGCUACGGCCUGAUCUUCGACCUCAACUUUUUCCUCCGCAACUUGAGCGUGAUGGGCGGACUCCUGAUGGUGCUGUCCGACAGCUGGGUGCGCAAGAAGUUCGCCCCCGCCGGCCUGCCGCAGAUUGACGAGAAGGAUCGCAAGAUGUACUUCCAGCUUGCCGGCCGCGUGCUGCUGAUCUUCCUGUUUGUUGGCUUUGUCUUUGCGGGCGACUGGAGCUUGCUGCGAGUCAUUGUCAUCCUGGUGGGCGGCGUGGCGUGCGUGAUGGUCGCCGUCGGCUUCAAGGCCAAGUGGAGCGCCAUCAUCUUGGUGAUGAUUUUGAGCAUCUUCAACAUUAUCGUGAACAACUUCUGGACGCUGCACCAACACCACCCGCACAAGGACUUUGCGAAAUACGACUUCUUCCAGAUCCUCUCGAUCGUCGGUGGCCUGCUCUUACUCGUCAACAUGGGUCCGGGACAGGUGAGCUUCGACGAGAAGAAGAAGGUCUACUAGGAGUGGUGUCUCGAUGGUGCCGCGGUAGAAAAAGGGGGAAGGUCACGUGAGGAAGAGAGCAUGCAUUGCGUCAUGGCGUUUGUUGUCUCAGGCCGGAAGAAGACUGGGUAUCAUGUCUGUCACAUGUUUGGACGGUUGAGGUAUGUAAAAGCUGAAAACAGAGAAGAAGAAGAAAUGCCAUCGUCGUCACAGUCCGGUCUUCCAUUCACCACAUGCAUCCCUCAGGGGCUACGGCACUGGCCGUCACGGAGCUCGUUCAUUCACCUGCCCCCUGGUGAGUGCCUGGUCGUCAUUCACAUGCAAAGGUCGGUCGUCACUGCCUCUUGUCGUGACACCGUACCUUCCGUGUCCACGACUUCUUCACUCCCGCGCGGGAAGGCUAAUUGCCUGCCUACCAGGUAUAAAAAUUUUCACCACGCUCGCUCCUCCCUUCCUCCUUC